AUAUAGCCUUGGCAGAUUGAUUGCUAAAAUUUGUCAGACGGAUUUCUGAACGCAACUAGUUAUUGACGUCCCUGAAUUUAGUAAAAGGUUGAACAAAAGGUUUGUGCUUAAGAUGAUCUUUUUUGCAAUUUUGCUUGACAAAGUUAAUCCUGAUAAAAUCCUUAUUUUCUGAAUUUGUAAAAAUGUGGAUGUAAUAUGAAAAUAUUUACUAGGUGCUAUUUCAAAGUAACAGGAUUUUACCAGAAAGUGGCAAUAUUACUGAUAACUUCCUAACUAGAGAGUAUCCACUAACUUUAAUCAUUUCCCAUCUUGAAAAGCAAUAUACAGUCAAAGUGUGAUUAAUUUUAUUAGUGAAAUGUGCUUUUCUACAGGGAAUAGCCACACUACAACGCUUCCAAAUGUAUUCAUUAAAAAGAGACCUGUGGUUCAGUACUGGUAAAAAAAAAAAAGCAGAACUUUAAAAUUAUCUGUAAGACUUAAAACAACAAUGCAUUGACAAGAAUUUUCAUUGGCAGCCUGUACAUCCCUGCUAGAGAAUAUCAUCAAAACGCAAGAUAUGUUCUACAUUCUUGGAAAAAAUUACACUUUUAUUUAUAUUUAUUUAUUUAUUUAAAAUAAACUGCUCCACUUUAAAGAGAAUCAAUGUGAUCAGAUCAGUUUUAGGUCUAGUGUUACAUCAGGACCACAGCACAUUACCACAACCUCUAUCCUAUGCUUCUAAUAGGUUGACCUGACCAUAAUAGUCCUUUGUCCUUUCAUGCUUUAUAUCAUAAAAAGACAAAGCCUGACUCUGGUAACAUGACAUCGACAUAAAUUAGGCCUCAUGACUGCAACUCAUAGAUUAUUUAGGGUAUUCUUUCCAUAAAAAGACACUUUUGGGGCGGUAAUGAAGCACAACCCUUCAAGUUGUGCUUUAAGACCCAUAAAAUCAGCUCUGAAUAAAACUCAGUCACAUAUUACAUAACUGAGAUGUUGUUUUUUUUUAAAAAAAACCAUCUGAAUCAUCUUUCUACAAAUUGACAAAACAAUGUUGCUCUUCAAAACAGACUCCAGAUUUAUUAGAGCACUCUUCACAUUGUGCUUGUGUACACUCAUAUGUAUCGCUUUGCUAUUCCUGGUAGCUGCACAAAGUCGUAAUGCAGUCACAAAUCAAGAUAACCCAUGUCGUUAUGCUCUGGUAAUUUAUCUCUAUACCCCAGAUAAAAAGGCUUAUAUGUAACUAAAGGGAUUUAAUUAUGGGAAUUAAAAUCUUACAUCUUUGUAUUUUUUUACCCCCUGAAGUGGGCUGUAACUGAGAAUGUCUUUAAAGUUCUAAAGUAGGUAGCAAGUUUACUACAGCCUACCUACCUUUCAGUAUUCUUCUAUUUUCAAAUUUGCAGCUAAUAGAUACUUUUUAAAGUAUCUAGGCUUUAAAUUUGAACAAAAAACACAAAACACCUGUAAAAACAUCUACUGACCUGCAGGAAUCCAAGUAGAAAUGCUUCUGUUUUUGGUUGAUCACAAAGUCCUCAGGACUAAUUUAUAUAAGUUUAGAAGACAGGCUACUCAGCCAUGUUGUCUGUUUGAUUAUUUUUGAAAUUCGCUCUGACACAAAUAAGUAAAUGUAAACAACAAUCCAGAUUUACAAUAUAUAAAGUUUUUCGAAACUGGCCAGAUUUUAAAACUACCGUGAUGAGCAGAUCUUAUUGAGAUUUAUCAACAGAACUCUUCUUCUGCCUACCAAAUCUAAAUCUACUUCAAAAAAGGCCUUCAGAUUGAAUGGGUUUUCAAAAACACAAUCUGACUGUAUUUUGAUUGUAGUCAACUUUGAAACCAACAGAGGGCGCUGUAAGUUAACUUUGAUCAUAGGCUAGAAGAGUAAAGAUCUUUCUUUUGCAAUCACAAAGAGGGGACAAUCAUGUUUUGUCAAUUGACGUUUCAAGAUCUUUGCAGGGUGGGACACGUCAGAGUCCAUCAGCAGCUGCAGCUUAACAAAAGCAGAGCAAGAAUCAACUCGGCAUUUCUAUCAUUUCACAACUUUACCGUGUGAAAGGGAAGUGUCAAAAAGGUGAAAUAAUUUGUGACACUGGUACCAGUCUCUGUCAAGUGGCUAUUUGGAGGCUCUUCAGCAAAAUAGCAAAAGAUGAAAACAAUCUCUUUGAUGUUUGUGAGAAUUUUAAUCAUUUUAUCAGAAAUCCCAGGGUAUGAGAAUGAGGAAACAAAGAUAUUUUUUUUAUUUAAUUAAGAGAAGACAGGCAUACUUCAUAGAAAAAACAAAACAAUAAAUAAAUAAGGGGCAGUAUGCACGCAGAAAAUUAUUCUCACUUAAAUUUUCAACUGUUUUUUCUUCUCUUUUUUUGGCAGGUACCAACUUAUUGAGCUAGACGUCACGUUAUGAUUCUGCGUUUAAGGCAACCAGCUCACUGAACCCAGACACGAAAGGAAAGAAAAACAGUGACGGAUCUAAAAUUUGAAAAAUGUUUUAAAACCAACAAACGAAUGCACUAGACUUUGACUAGGCCAUUCUAUCUGAGCUGUUCCAUUGCACCGCCCUCUGUUUUCAGCCCACAGUAGGUUUUCUUCCAGUAUUUCCCGAUAUUCAGCUUCAUCCGUCUUCCAGUCAAGGAAGCCGUUGUUGCAGCAUGAUUCUGCCGCCGCCGUGCUUCACUGUGGGGAUGUUGUGCUCAAAAAAUUUUCAACUUUGAUCAUAUAUUUCCCUCUGUUUGCUGUGUGCCCAACAUGUCUUCUGUCAAACUUCAAAAGGGACGUCUUACUGCUUAGCUUUAAUAACUUUCCUGUUACCUCUUACUCAUAAACACCUUUUGUUUUUAUUUCCCACCAAUAGUUGCCAUGUCAAUAGAGUCCCACCUGAGCCAUUGACCUCUAAAGUCCCUGCAAAGGUGCCAUGGGCCUCUGGGUAGUGUUUCUCAUUACUGCUGGGCUUUUCUGGUCUCUAAUUGAGGAAGAAAGGGAGCCCGGGAUGCCCGUGAGGAACAGGUACAACCUGGUGGACGAUGUGGCGGACUCGCGGCUGCCGCUGCACAACGAGGAAGCUUACCAGCAUGGGAUUUACUUCCAAGCCAAGUAUGUGGGGAGUCUUGACGUGCCCAGGCCCAACAGUCGGAUGGAGAUCGUAGCAGCCAUGAGAAGAAUCAGGUAUGAAUUUAAAGCCAAGAACAUCAAGAAGAAGAAGGUCAGCAUUGUGGUGUCUGUGGAUGGAGUCAAGGUGGCACUGAGGAAAAAGCAGAAGAGAAAAGACUGGACAUGGGAUGAGAACAAGAUGUUGAUCAUGCAUGAUCCAAUAUACAGGAUUUUCUAUGUAUCACAUGACUCCCAGGACUUGAAGAUCUUCAGCUACAUUGCAAGAGAUGGCUCCAGUAAUUCAUUCAGAUGUAAUGUCUUCAAAUCUAAAAAGAAGACUCAGGCCAUGCGUAUUGUGCGAACUGUGGGUCAGGCGUUUGAGGUUUGCCAUAAGCUGAGUUUGCAGCAUGCCGAGCAGGAACAGUACGCCGACGGACAGGCGGACGGCGAUAGCAACAAGUCAACGGAAGAGCCCAGCAGCCACGCUCGUAAACUCACAGCAACUGAGCGGUAUGAAGAGGAUGAGGAGACAGAUGAAAGAGGGCGAAGAGGAGGAGGAGGAGAUCCUUCGAUUGAUGGUUCGCUGUGCGAGAAGGCAGUCGGUGAGAUCCUGCAGAGCCUGGCCGAACUCAACGUGGUCAAACCAGGCCAGACAAUCAUGGACAUCGACAGACGGUCCGUCUUCACUGUGACGUCUCAAGGCAUCACUCCCAGCAGUCCUUGCUCUUCGUCUCUCACCCCGCUGGCUUCUCAGCACUACCUGCAGCUCCUUCAGCAGCAGCUGCAGCAGCAACAGCAGCACACUCAGGUGGCUGUCGCGCAGGUGCAGCUGCUGAAGGACCAGAUGGCAGCAGAGACUGCAGCUCGCAUGGAGGCCCAGGCCCGCAUCCACCAGCUGCUGCUGCAGAACAGGGACCUGCUGCAGCACCUGGCGCUGCUCGUGCAGCAGCUGAAAGAGAUGGAGGGCCGCUCCCCGAUGAGAGUGCAAGAAGAGCAGUCACAGCAGGACACUCCGGCUAACGGACACAAUGCUCCACAGACGGCACAAAGUUCGCAGUCGUCAUCAGCGAAAUCAUUAUCCCUGAAUCUGAAGAAUCAGUACAAUCAGAACUUGGAGCAGCUCAUCUCCUCCACGGCCGCGUGGCCCCUCUCUCCAAACCAGGUCGACUGCGCCGAGUCCUUCCUGAACCUGCUGAACCUGGAGAACAGCAGUAAACCAGCAGCCUCGUUUGCAGAGCGGGACCCUUUCAUCAGAGCUAAUGGCACAGCGGAUAACAAGGAGAGCUCCAACAGCGAGAUUGUCCAGUUCUCGUCUAGAAACUCUGCCAACCUGGAUGAAAAGUAUAAACAGAUAAUACCCAAACUUGACCCUCCUCCACCUUCCACAAACCGCAAGCGAUCCAGCAGGACGUUCUCUCCGGGGUCAGAGGUCCCAGCUGUGCCCACGCCUGUGCCGCCGAGUCGCAGCAGCAGCCUCUCUUUCCCGGACAUCACCCCCAGCUCCCUGUCGUCCACCGAUUUCCACUCGCUAGGCAACGGUGAGAGCAGCUCCUCCUCAUCUUCGGCCAGUGAGGACUCGGGCGUCCGCUCCGAGACCAAGUCCCUGCUGUCGCCCCUUCGCGACGACGAUGACCUUUUUGCUGACCGCGGGGCAUUUUUGACAGCGUCCAGCAGCUGUGGAAGUCCCCUGGAGCAGCACGGCGGGGCGGUCGCUUCGUCCUCUGAUUCGUCAACUACAGAGUCGAACACCAUGGCCUCGCGUUCUGACGGCUGCGAUCAGCCGCUGUGCUUUUCAUCUCCAAUGAAUGACACCUGCCUUCAUAUCAGUUUUUCGGAGGAUGAGCUUCUGGAGAGCAGCCAGGAGGACACCAACAUGACCCAGGGGAGUUAGGAUGACUUAAAUGUUAUUCAGUCGACAUAAAAAAAAUCCAGGAUUGGCUUUCAGACCCUACUAUGUUUCCACAGGGCUUCCAUUUCAGGAUCUUUAGUUGUUCUACUCACCUGUGACACAGUGCAUGUGUUGCUAAAACGCUUGCUAUUGUAUCAGUAAUUAGCCAAUAAAUAGAUUUAGUAUUUUUGUAAUGAAAUUUCUGAUCUAAUUUACUUUUUAGGGCCUAGAAUGUUAAGCAGAGUACAUGUAGCAAUAUAUUGCACUGUUGAAGUCGUACUGAAUUCACUGUAGAAUUCUACACUAACAAAGGAAACACAUUUUAUUUUUGCUAGCUGUCGAUGUGGAGCCGUCAUUUUGUAUGAUGUUUCACUUUGGUGGAAAUAAGUGGAAAAGGACGAUAAUUUGUAAAAUUCACAGUUAAGACAAGAGCAGGGGACAGAGGUGAUGUUGGGAAAAGUUUCAUCUCCUGCAAUGGACCUGGUAGGAUGAUGGAUGGGAAGAAAGGAACAAGGAAGUCAGUGAUUGGACAGAGGAGAGAUAAAAGUCAGUCAAUUUAGUUGUUAUGGUUGUUCUUGGGACUAUGUUUAGGCUCUCAUUCGUGGUAUUUUUUUUUUGUCAAGAGCAAGUGGGAUUUGGUUAUGUUGAUUCUAGAUAUAGGCUGGUAUGAAACGUUCAUGCUAGAGUAAAAUACCACAGUAUCACAAUAUUGUGGUAUCGCAAUAUCCACAAUAUUGCGAUACCGCAAUCUAAGGCAGAACUUGAUCUAAAUGGUUUUAUAUAAAACUAAAAACAAAUACUAGGAGUGUUGCAAUACGUACAGGUCUUAAAAGGAGACAACAUACGAUAUCAAAACUUUAUGAGAAGCAGAAAUUUCCAUUUUUAUGUUGUCACAAGCAGCAGGGAUUUCAGUCAAUCAAUCAAAUUGUAUUUGUAUAGCACAUUUCAGCAGCAAGGCAUUUCAAAGUGCUUUACAUCAUAUCA